AUGUACAAGUUAAUAUUACUCGUUGCAAUUGUUUCCAUGGUAAUUCCAGCAAUUAAGGUCCAAGGUGAGAGAGCUCCUUUGUUACCACAAUGUAAGAAUGUAACAUGUGCACUUGAUAGCAUAUGUGUUUCAUGUUAUGGAUCACCAGCUGUUUGUAUGCCAAUGUGUCGUUUCCUAUCAUGUCCAGCAAACUUUAUGUGCUCCAUUGCCAAGAGUCCAACUGGAUUGUAUGAACCACAUUGCAUUCCUUAUGUAGCUCCAGCUUCCUCAGAGGCCUCUUCAUCCGAAUCUUCAGAGUCCUCUUCAGCUGCCUCCUCAGAGCCUGCAUCAUCCGAAGCAUCUGCCUCCUCACAGCCUGCAUCCUCCGAAGCCUCUGCCUCCUCCCAAGCCUCGGCCUCCUCUCAAGCCUCUGCCUCCUCCUCAGAUUCCUCAUCCAACUCUACUAAUGUAACAAAU